GAAUCCAUCGAUCUUUCUUCCAACAGAGAGACUUGUAUCCACCCGGCCGUCGAUGUCGAGGCUGCAGAGGUCGUCGGUGUCGUUCCGGCGGCAGGGCUCGUCGGGGCGCAUCUGGGACGACCCGCUGAGGAGCCUCGACCUCAAGGGGCUGUCGAUGUCGACGGCGGUCGUGGCGCCGCUGCAGGCCGGCGCCAGCAUACUCGCGGUGGACCCCUCGCCCCGCGCCGCUCCGUCAUCGGACCAGGCAUCGUUGCGCCACGGCUGCGGCGGCGCCUCCUCAACCGGCAUCAUUGCGGAGAGCCCAGACGUGGUAGCGUCGGAUCGGUCGCCGGCCAGCGUCGUCGUCCACAGGGUGCACGGCGCCCGCCACGAGAGGCCCGCGAGGCGGCGGCGGAGGCUCUCGUCGGCGUUCUGCGCGUGCAUGGGGCAUCCCCCGGCGUCGCAUGCGCAGCAGUAGGGUGCGCCCGCACGUGUGGCACGCGGGAAAUAUGAAUAUGUACGUAUGAACGUACGUGUCGUACAGCUGACGCGCGGCGACGAAUGCACGCUUCGGAUUUUCGCACUUCUGGUGCAUUGUGUUGUGCAUAUAUGAUGAGUGAUGUACGAGUUGUAAGAUUUAACGUGUCCUCUUCCUAUCAAUGAGAUAACGCAUGCGCUAGUGCA